CACAUUCCGGUGAAAGAAAAAGAAAGGGAGAGAAAAACUUACCACGGAUCACGGUCGUAAGUCGUAACUCUUACGGGCGAGAUACUUGCGGCGCCCAGAACUCAGCCCAGGCAAUCCAUAUUUUCUCACACUAACCUUCUUCCUCCGCAGUCAUCUCAAUACUGGAGACUGGAGACUGGGAAACUGGGAGUCAAUGGCUUAGUAAACACACGGUGGAUUGUAGGAGACGUUGUUGCCGUUCACCCGAUCAUUGGAACCAGGCGAAAAGCUUGAGCCCGAAUCCUGGAUUAGAAAACAACAGACUUCCCUUAAUGAAUUCGAUAAACGGGUUGAUUGUCUCUGCCCUGCAAUCAACGUCAUCCUUUCUAAAGGUGAUUGAGAUUAAUUGAUGGGAUCAAAGCCAGCUAUAUCGUAGGUUUGGUUUUGAGUUUGGGAAUAAACAUUGCAAUGUACUCAAGGAGAUUCAAGUGCAGGAGUCAGAAAUGGAAUUAUAUGUUCCAAUCAUCCAAAUGUUUGAUUAGGACAAACCAGCAGCAGUUCUCACAUUACAGAUUUUGCCACCAGAAAGUCAUACCUGGAGCCCAAAAUUAUCAUUGCUUAAGUAGUCUGAUCAACAAAAUUAUUGUAAAUCCACUCCUCUUGUCAGGUUUGUCCACCAGAAAUAACAAUAUUCGGUGCCAUGGGAAGUUUGAUGCUCGUUUGACACAUACUAUCUUGAGGUUCUAUAGCUCUGAAGGUGAUGGAAGGAAUGCAAGCGAGGAUAAACAUGUUCCAGUAAAAGACUCUAACUUUGAAAAGGAGAAGACAAGGCAAGAGAAGGUCAGGACCGAUGUGAGGCACAGCGAUGAGCAUGCCCGGCUUGGGGAGCAAGAUCAUCAGGAGUGGCUAAAUAAUGAGAACUUAUCCAUUGAGAGUAAAAAGAAGGAGUCUCCAUUUACAUCUAGACGGGAAAAGUUCAGAAAUGAGUUCUUGCGGAGGGUGGUUCCAUGGGAUAAAAUUACAGUUUCAUGGGAUACAUUUCCAUAUUAUAUUCAUGAACAUACCAAAAAUCUAUUAGUGGAAUGUGCUGCUUCCCAUUUGAAACAUAAGAAGUUUGCUGCUUCUUAUGGUUCUCGCUUGGACUCUUCAAGUGGGAGAAUAUUGCUUCAGAGUGUCCCAGGAACUGAGCUUUAUCGAGAAAGACUAGUUAGGGCACUUGCACGGGAUUUACAAGUCCCCCUACUGGUUCUUGAUAGCAGUGUUCUUGCACCUUACGAUUUUGGUGAAGACUGUGGAUCAGAAAAUGAGUCAGAUGAUGAUACUGCCGAACUGGGUGAAGAUUGUUCUUCAGAGUCAGAGGAGGAUGAACAGGAUGCAAGCAACGAAGAAGAAUGGGCAAGUAGCAGUGAGGUGAAAUCAGAUAGUAGUGAUGAUGAUGAGGUUGAUGUGCAGGCAUCUGCUGAAGUCCUUAGGAAGCUUGUACCUCAUGGUCUCGAAGGCCUUGAGAAGGGAGAUAUUGGAGAAUCAGAAAGUAGCGAUGGAUCAGCAAAGUCAGAUGCUGCUCAGACUCCAGAACAAUCAAAACGUCCAUUUACAAAAGGGGAUCGGGUGAAAUAUGUUGGGCCUCCUGUACGUGUGGAAGCAGAUAACAGGAUCAUAUUGGGGAAAAUACCAACUUCUGAUGGUCCAACAAGUGCUUAUACCAUUAUUCGUGGCAGGCCUCUGUCCAGCGGGCAGCGUGGGGAGGUUUAUGAGGUGAAUGGGGAUCGAGUAGCAGUUAUUCUAGAUAAUACUGAAAACAAAACAGCAGAAGGGGAUAAGGAUGAGAGAAGUGCAGAACAAGCUGCACAAUCUUCAAUUUAUUGGAUACAUGUUCAGGACAUUGAGCAUGAUCUUGAUACUCAGUCUGAAGACUGGUACAUAGCAAUGGAGGCACUUUGUGAGGUUUUGCCAUCCUUGCAACCUCUGAUCGUUUAUUUCCCAGAUUCUUACCAGUGGUUGUCAAGGGCAGUUCCCAAGUCAAAACGUAAAGACUUUGUCCGUAAGGUUGAAGAAAUGCUUGACCAACUCUCUGGACCUGUUGUUUUGAUUUGUGGGCAGAACAAAGUUGAAAAGGGAACAGGUUCCAAGGAGAAAGAGAAAUUUACUAUGAUACUUCCUAAUUUUGGUCGUCUUGGUAAGCUGCCUCUCUCCUUGAAACGACUUACAGAGGGAUUGAAAUCAUCAAAGAGAUCACAGGACAAUCAUUUAUAUAAGCUCUUUAAUAAUGUUCUGUGUGUUCAUCCUCCCAAGGAAGAGGAACUACUCAGAAUAUUCAAUAAACAAGUUGGAGAAGACAGGAGAAUCAUUAUAUCACGGAGUAAUUUAACUGAGUUGCAGAAGGUGCUAGAGGAGAAUGAGCUAUCCUGCAUGGAACUUUUACAUGUAAAUACAGAUGGUGUGAUCCUAACAAAGAGAAAGGCUGAGAAAAUUGUUGGAUGGGCUAGAAAUCAUUACCUAUCAACCUGCCUUCUUCCAUCUAUAAAGGGCGAAAAGUUAAAUGUACCCCGUGAAAGCCUUGAAGUUGCAUUUUUGAGGUUAAGGGAGCAGGAAAUGAUAUCCACAAAACCCUCGCAAAAUUUGAAGAACCUUGCUAAGGAUGAGUAUGAAACCAACUUCGUUUCAGCAGUGGUUCCACCAGAUGAAAUUGGAGUCAUGUUUGAUGAUGUUGGUGCCCUCGAAGAUGUAAAAAGGACAUUAAAUGAACUUGUCAUUCUUCCAAUGAGGAGACCCGAGCUUUUCUCGCACGGAAACCUAUUACGGCCUUGCAAAGGGAUAUUACUAUUCGGUCCUCCAGGAACUGGGAAAACCCUUCUUGCCAAAGCACUUGCAACAGAGGCAGGAGCCAAUUUUGUUAGCAUAACUGGUUCAACGCUUACAUCAAAGUGGUUUGGAGAUGCCGAAAAGCUUACAAAGGCCCUUUUCUCUUUUGCCAGCAGGCUGGCCCCUGUUAUCAUAUUUGUUGAUGAGAUUGACAGUUUGCUUGGUGCCCGUGGUGGUGCUUUUGAGCACGAGGCAACUAGAAGGAUGCGGAAUGAAUUUAUGGCAGCUUGGGAUGGGCUAAGGUCAAAAGAGAGUCAAAGAAUUCUCAUCCUUGGAGCCACUAAUCGACCAUUUGACCUAGAUGAUGCAGUCAUCCGUCGAUUGCCAAGGAGGAUAUAUGUCGACCUACCAGAUGCUGAGAACCGGAUGAAGAUUCUGAGAAUAUUUCUUGCCAAAGAAAACCUUGAAUCUGACUUCAGGUUUGAUGAACUUGCCAAUGCAACAGAAGGGUAUUCAGGGAGUGAUUUGAAGAACCUUUGUGUUGCUGCAGCUUACAGGCCUGUCCAAGAACUUCUGGAAGAAGAGAAAAAGGGGGGUGUGACCGAUGCUGUUUCACUUCUAAGGCCGCUUAAUUUGGAUGAUUUCAUUGAGGCAAAAUCUAAGGUUGGAGCAUCGGUUUCUUAUGAUGCUACAAGCAUGAAUGAGCUAAGGAAAUGGAAUGAGCAGUAUGGAGAAGGUGGUAGCAGGAGAAAAUCUCCAUUUGGCUUUGGCAACUAACAUGAUUUUUUUUUUCUUGUUUAUUUUUUUAAGUUAUUCUUGAAACAGAAGCCCCAUGUAAACCGUGGAAAGCAAUCUCUCUUGUUCCUGUUUCGUGAGAGGGUUGGCCCUGUAAGUUAUUAUUUGUAAUCCAGCAUUCCUUUUUAUGAUAAUAAGAAUGUUUGGUGUACAUUUGAGUUAAAA